GGCAGCGUCCUUUACCGAGUGCUUACUGUGGGCUCCGUGCUGUGCUAAGCGCUGUAGAUGCACGAUUUCAGUUAUUUCAAACAAUCUUAUGAAAUAGGUGUUGUUAUCAUCCCUGUUUUACUAAAUUGGAAAGCGAGGUUCAGGGAGGUUACAUGGCCCAUCCGGGGUCACACCUACAGUGUUUGUGAGCGUUUUUUCGAAGAGCAGUUCUUGUACACGACCCAGCAGUUGGACUUCCAGGUAUACAUGCAAGAGAAUUGAAAACCUAUCCCCACAAAAACCUGGACAUGAAUGUUCAUGGCAGUGCUGAACGGAGAAACAAAUGGCAGCCUAUCUGUGCGGUGGAAUGUUAUUCAGCCGUAAAAAACCACGGAGUACUGACACACGCCACAACAUAAACGAGCAAUGAGAAACAUGCUAAGUGAAAGGAGGCAGUCACAAAGGACCACACGCUGUAUGAUUCUGUUUGUACUAAAUAUCCAGAACAGGUAAAUCCACAAAAAAACAGUAGUUGAUCUGUGGUUAUCAGGAACUGGGGGAGGGAGAAGUGAACAACACGGCUUAAUGGCUAUGGGAUUUCUUUUUGGGGUGCUGAGACUAUUCCGGAAUUAGACAGUGAUGCACAGGUUUGUGAAUGGACUAAAAACUACUGAACUGUACACUUGAAAGAGAAGUUCACGGCAUGUGAGUUACAUCUCAAUUUUUAAAGAAAGGAGGAUUUAACAUGUGCAUGUUAAUAAGGGGGUGAUGUUGAGUCUUGUUACUACUGCAUUAACAUUUUCCAGUAGUAAUCUCCACUUUGAUUCUAGGUCACCUUGACCUGGAAGGGAUUUGAGGAGUCCUGUUAGACUGCAGACAACUGAGUUCCAGAGUGCAUGUGUUGGGACCAUAACCUGUUUUUCUGUUUCUAUAUUGUAUGUAUUUCCAUAAAAUUUGGCCACAGAACACAUCUAAUGGGCUGAGUUCAGUGCCACAGUCUGUGUCUCCUCUCUUUUCCUUUUAGGGAAUUAAUUUGACAGCACGCAUUGAUGGCUCUAAAGAGGUCAUCACUCUCACUGGAUUCCAGUGAGAGCGACUCUGAAGAGUUGCCAACAUUUGCCUUCCUGAAGAAGGAACCGUCUUCAACAACGAGGAGGCAGUCUCAGAGGGAGGAGAAGAUUGUUGUGGUUCACACCUCGGAUUCUGAGGCCUCCUGUCCUCCAUCACCAAGGUUGAAAGAUGUACCACCUACCCCAGACACAGCUGAAUCCGUCACACAAACAGAGCCAGUGAGGGUGCUAAGCAGUGGAAGUGAGGAUGAGGUAGAAUUAAUUCCCCUGGCCGAGAGGCUUGCAUGUAAGUUUUUGACCCGCAAGCCACUGAGCCCUGAGGACUCUAGCUCCCCAGUUAAAAGUGUAUGGGAUCAUCAAAAUAGUGAAGGAGGAUCCUGUGACUGGAAAAAAGAACCCUUUCCAGAGGUCCCUGAUAUUCCCCUCCGUGACACCUCAGAGAGAUGUGCAUCAAAUAACAAGGACCCUGCGGGAGACAAUCCAUGCCACCAGCUUCCAGCCUUCAAAGCUACUUGCCCUAUCCAGAACAACAGCUGGACAAAUGCUGAGGUCCCCCCACUUCAGAAGAGAACCAAGCUUAGCCAGGAGGUCCACAGGAGCAGCUCGCAGGGACGCCAGCCACGGAGACGAGCAAGCCCGAAGGAACGCGCCCUGGGACAACAGGAGAGGACCAAGAAGGCAGCCGUGGCUAACAGGCUGAAAGCUCAGAGGCCCGAGGAAUGCCUAAAGCAUGUGGUCGUGCUGCUGGAUCCAGUGCUUUUGCAGAUGGAAGGGGGAGGCCAGCUCCUCGGGGCGCUGCAGUCCAUGGAGUGCCGCUGUGUGAUCGAGGCCCAGGCCGUGCCCUGCAGCAUCACCUGGAGGAGAAGGGCUGCGCCAGCUGAGGAUGGACAGGAAGACUGGGUCGAGGAACCGAUGGUCCUGGUGCUGCUCCCGGCAGAAGCGUUUGUGUCCAUGGUCCGGAACUUCAAGCAGGGAAGUGUGGGCGGACCUGAGAAGGGGAAGGAAACACUGCGGAGCUUUGUGACCAACAUCACAGCGAGGGCAGCUGGGAAAGCUCUGUCCCUGGUUAUUGUGGAUCAGGAGAAAUGCUUCAGUGCUCCAAACCCCUCAAGAAGAAGGAAGCAGGGAGUGGCAGAUAGGGAACAGGCCAAGGAGAAGCAGCAGAGACGACCAGAGGCCAGCGCAGGGCGCGUGGUGUCCAGAGUAGACGUGGAAGAGGCGCUGGUGGAUCUGCAGCUGCACACACGAGCCCAGGCCCGACUGGUGCAAACCUGGAAAGAGCUGGCCGACUUUGCGUGCGCAUUUACCAAGGCUGUGGCUGAGGCGCCCUUCAAGAAGCUUCGAGACCAAACUAGUUUCUCCUUCUGCCUGGAGAGUGACUGGUCUGGAGGAGCAAAGGUGGACCGCACGGGCAGGGGACUAAUGCUGGUGUGGAGGAGACAGAUUCAGCAGCUGAACCGAGUCAGCCUGGAAAUGGCCAGUGCCAUCGUGGAUGCCUAUCCCUCCCCCCAGCUCCUGGUCCAGGCUUAUAGGCGGUGUCUGUCGGAGCAAGAAUGUCAGAAUUUGCUCGCAGACAUACAGGUACGCCGUGGGGAAGGCGUGACUGCCACGUCCCGGCGGGUUGGACCAGAGCUAUCCAGGCGUGUCUACCUUCAGAUGACCGCUCUGCAGCCAGAUCUCUCUUUAGACGGUGCAGACUGAGGCCAGCCCUGGGGAAGCUGGAGAUUUCCACCUCACCCAGCUCGGAAGAGGACCAUGGGAAGAGGCUGGAAGCACAAGCCUGGGUCGGGCUC